AUGGCAGAUUCUUCAUCUUUGGCAUUGCAGUCUUGCCAUUGGAGACACCAUGUGUUCCCAAGCUUCAGUGGCAAAGACGUUCGUAGAACCUUUCUUAGUCACCUUCUCAAGGAGUUUCGGCGAAAGGGAAUCCGCACCUUCAUAGAUAAUGAUAUCAAGAGAAGCCAAAUGAUCGGUCCUGAACUCGUUAAAGCUAUCAGAGAAUCUAAGAUUGUCGUUGUUGUGUUAUCGCGAACCUAUGCAUCUUCAAGCUGGUGUUUGAAUGAGUUGGUGGAGAUCAAGAAAGCUAGCAAGAAGGUCAUGCCGGUUUUCUACGAGGUGGAUCCAUCUGAUGUGAGGAAACUAAGGGGAGAAUUUGGAAAGACGUUUGAGGAAGCAUGUAUAGGAAAAUCCGAGGAAAUGAAGCAGAGUUGGAGAGAAGCUUUGGUCUAUGUGGCUAACAUAGCCGGACAAUCUUCUCAAAACUGGGACAAUGAAGCAUAUAUGAUUGAAAAGAUUGUUAUGAGCAUUUCAAAUGAAUUGAAUUCUAUACCAUCACGAGAUUCCGACAAUCUGGUUGGAAUCGACGCUCAUAUGAGAGAGAUGGAUUCUUUGUUGUGUCUGGAAUCAACUGAAGUGAAGAUGAUGGGGAUUUGGGGUCCUGCAGGUAUUGGCAAGACAACAAUUGCCAGAGCUUUAUUCAACCGGCUCUCUGAAAACUUCCACCACACUAUCUUUAUGGAGAAUGUUAAGGGAAGUUAUUGGAGAUCGGAACUCGAUGGCUAUGGCUUCAAGUUGCGUUUGCAAGAACAGUUUCUCUCUGAAGUUAUUGAUCAUAAGCAUAUGAAGAUACAUGAUUUAGGUACGGUAAAGGAAAGAUUGCAGGAUCUGAAAGUUCUUGUUGUUCUUGAUGAUGUUGAUAGACUAGAACAACUUGAUGCUUUGGUGGAACAAUCUCAGUGGUUUGGCUCUGGAAGUAGGAUCAUCGUGACCACGGAAAACAAACAGCUUUUGAGAGCGUAUGGGAUCAAGCUUAUAUACGAGUUGGGUUUUCCAUCUAGAAGUGAAUCUCUUCAGAUUUUCUGCCACUAUGCGUUUGGACAAAGCGCUGCACCAGAUGGUUGUAUCGAGCUCGCCACUGAAAUAACAAAGCUUGCUGGCUAUCUUCCCCUAGCUCUCAAGGUUUUGGGGUCAUCUUUGCGAGGGAUGAACAAAGACGAGCAGAAAUCAGCAUUGCCUCGACUCAGAUCCAGUCUCAAUGAGGAUGUUAGGAAUGUUUUACGAGUCAGUUAUGAUGGUUUACAUGAGAAGGAUAAGUCCAUAUUCCUUCACAUUGCGUGUUUAUUUAGUCGUGAGAAUGUCGAUUAUGUGAAGCAGCUGCUUGCAAGUUCUGGCCUGGAUGUAAACUUUGGGAUACAAGUCCUAGCCAAUAGAUCUCUCAUAUACAUAUCGAGAUGCAAUCACACCAUUAUGAUGCACAGUUUGCUAGAACAAUUGGGUCGAGAAGUUGUUUGUGAACAAUCUUUUGACGAGCCUGGAAAACGCCAAUUCUUGGUGGAUGCUUCAGAUAUCUAUGAUGUUCUUGCUGAUAACACAGGCACUGGAGCUGUUUUGGGCAUAUCUUUGGACAUCUCUAAGAUCAGUGAAUGGUUUCUGAAUGAAAGAUCUUUUGGUGGGAUGCAUAAUUUGAUGUUUCUAAAAUUGUACAAGACGUCCUCUUCGAGUAAAAAUCAAACGGAGCUGCAUUUACCUCGAGGCUUGGAUUAUCUGCCCCGUAAACUCAGGCUGUUGCAUUGGGAUGCAUACCCCAUGACAUCAAUGCCUCCGAGUUUCCGUCCAGAGUUUCUUGUUGUGCUAAAUUUAAGAGAGAGCAAACUUGAGACGCUCUGGGAAGGAAUACAACCUUUAAGAAGUCUGACGCAUAUGGAUUUGAGUAUGUCUGAAAAUCUAAAAGAGAUUCCAGAUCUUUCAAAAGCAGUGAAUAUCGAGGAACUCUGUCUCAGUUAUUGCAGAAGCUUGGUGACGUUACCUCCCUCGAUCAAGAAUCUUAAAAAACUGCUUGUUCUUGACAUGGAAUGCUGCUCAAAGAUGGAAAACUACAAUAGAAGAAGUUCCGACAACAAUCGCGUCUUGGCCGAAUCUGGCAGCAUUGGACAUGUCAGGCUGCAAGAACCUCAAAGAAUUUCCAUGUCUACCGGAAACUAUAGAAUGGUUGGAUUUGAGCAGGACAGGAAUCGAAGAAGUCCCAUUUUGGAUCGAGAAUCUCUUUCGGCUCAACAAACUAUUGAUGAACAGCUGCAUGAAGCUAAGAAGCAUCUCUUCUGGGAUUGCUAA